AGAUUAAGAGAUGUGUUACAGGGCAGUAGCUCAACACAGAUACAGAGGUACAUCCAGAGGUGAACUGCUGACUACAGACCCACAAACACAGAGACAACAUGAAAGCUGUUGCAGCCUUCCUGCUGGUGCUGUGUUACCUGGCCGCCAGUCAUGCCUGGACCUGCAAGGAGCCCCCCUCGCUGUAUGGUGCUGUACAGAUUGAUGCUGGGCAGGGGAAAGUGGUCGCAAGAGACAGGAACUACUAUGCGUAUUUCCUGAGUGGAACGACUUGGCAAAGACUGGGCUCAUAUCGUGCUCUCAAGCAUGUCUCAGUGGGACCUGCAGGAAUCUGGGCAGUUGACACCUCAAACAGGGUGCACAAAUAUGUAGCUGGCAACUUUAAACUAUCCAGUGGUGGGUAUAUGCAACAGGUGGAUGCUGGAGGUGACGGUCAGGUUGUGGGAGUUAAUAAUAAUUACUAUGCCUACUGUCUGAGAAGUACCUACGCCUCAGUCUACCGUGGAUCAGGUUCCUUGAGAUGGUCUUCCCUAGGAAGAAUUAUGAGGUACUACAGCUGCAGCCCACUAAACGGAUGCUGGGGAGUCGACACUAGUAAUCGGAUUUACUUCACACAGAGAAUAACACCAACCACCUGUAGCAUCAGCGGUUGGGUACGGGUGUCAGGGUCUGCAAAAAUGGUUGAAGUGGGAACUGAUGGAAAUGUCUUUAUGUUGGGUGUAGAUGGAAGAGUCUAUCAAAGAGCUGGCAUCUCCAGCAGUCGUCCAUACGGCACAAGUUGGACAAGAAUCAACUUGUGCCUGCCCAUCCUCCAUGUGUCCUACGACCUGGGCAAUCUUUGGGUUGUGACCACCGGUGGCAGUCUCAUGCAGUGCACUCAUUAGUGUGUAAUCUUUCCUCUUUUACAUGAUUCUGUGAUCCAAUGAAAAAAUAAUCAGCAUUUGAUGUAUGCCAAUGUAAAGGCUCUAACACUCAAUAAUCAGGGAUGGGAAAAUAAUUGAUUCUUUAAUGUUUUGUUAUUCUCUCUUGAAUGAUUCAGCAAUGAUGCACCAAACUCUGUAAUUGAAAAACUCUGUAGGUCACUACCUUGAUGUAAUGAAACAUGUUGUUAACAAUUCACACAUGUAACAUCUACCUAGUAUACUUUCUGUUGCAUUAAUAAAAUAUUAAAAAAAUAAUAAAACCAAA